AUGGGUGCCGGGAAGAAUGCGCAGAAGCCCAUCACUGUUUUGGUUGUCGCAGCAUACAAGGAGCAAGUCGUUGAUUUGAAGAUGAGGUUCCUGGAUCUUGCCCGAGAGUUGGAGCUGGACGAUGAGCAACGCUCUCGUGUCCAAUUCAAAAUCGUCGACAAUUCACAAGGCGGCGAAGCCGACUUUGUCUUUAUCGACCUUGUCACUACUACAACACCCUGGGAUUUGUCGCAGAACUUCACCGACUCAUUCUUGGGUACAGUCGCUCCACCGAAUUCCAAGUUGUGA